UCAGGUGAGUGAGCAUGAGAGGUCCACUCCAACAGCCUUUCAAGCUGAAUGUUGUGUCCCAUAAAACGCUUAGUCGGUAGUGCCGACAUAAAUCAAACUAGAAAAAUAAAUCAAACUAGAAAAAUGUGUUCUUUAUAUGUUCUUAACCUGACCGGUUACGCUAUGUGCCCACAUAAAUCAAACUAGAAAAAUGUGUUGAUGUGACCAGUUAUGCAUCAUUUUUCACCGCAUAAAAGUUGGAAUUUUUCUUUUUUUGAUUUAGAGUAGGAGUGCCGAGUUUUGGAAAUCUCACUACAUGAAAGCAGAAGCAGAGUAUCUUUGAUGCAAAGAGGCAACUGUCACAAAUGGUGCUUCGGUAAUCGCAGAGGUAUGCUCUUUUACUUUCGACUUGGGCAAUGCGCAAAUCCGGAGGGAGCUUCGUCGCUUUGGAGAGAGAGAGAACAAAUUUUGUUUUCCGACUCGUUGUCUCUCUGAUGAGAUCCCGCAAAUCUGGACUUUCGACUCGUUGUCUCCCUGAUGAGAUCUCAGCUCAGCCAUUCGACUUUGCCUUUCAUCCGCAACUACCCCCGUCGUCACCUUCUCCUUUCCCGUUUCGCGUCGUCCACCACCACUCCCCUAUCAUGGCUGCCAAUACCCAAAGAAACAACCCCAAGAACGGGAGCUCAGACACACAGAAUCACGAACAAGGACGUCCUGAGGUCCCUCUCCGACGAGACCCACCUUCCUAAAAUCAUCCAAAUCUUCAAGAAAGCCGCCAAGCAAAAGGGUUUCAAGCACGACUACCCGACCUAUAGGCUCAUCAUCAACAAACUUGGCCGCCAGAAGAGGUUCAGGGCGAUGGAGUUGUUUAUAGAGAGGAUGAAAAGCGAGGGCGUAACCUGCGAUUCCGGCGUUUUCGGCGACCUUAUCGAAAUCUACGCCGAAGCGGGCUUGCUGGAUCGAGCCGUGGAACUUCUCUACAGAAUUAGGGAUUUUGGCUGUGAUUGCUCGGAGAGGGUUUUCACAAGACUCCUUGAAUCGCUCGUUCAAUCAGAUCGGCUUGAUUCGGCUAGAGCUUUGUUCAUGGACGCUCACCGGCUGGGGUACGACCCAAAGAUUCGAAACGUUAUGGCACUUGUUAGGGCAUGUUGUGAGAAGGGGAGUGUGGACUCUGCCAUUGAGCUUCUUGAAUUCAUGGCGCUCAAAGGAUGCGUACCAGACUUGCGUUGUUAUGGUUUUCUAGUCUCUUGGUCCUGCUCCUUUAAUCGAUUCGACCUUGCACUCGGCAUCCUGGAUCAAAUGAAGAAUCGGGGAAGAGAGCCGGAUGUUGUUGUGUAUAACACGCUGAUCAACGGCUUCUGUAGAAGUGGGGAGAUCGAUCGAGCGAAUGAGAUCAUCUCCAAAAUGGAGUCUGCCGGAAUUAGAUCAGAUACGAUCACGUUCAAUACAAUGAUGAACGGAUUCAGCAAUGCUGGAUUGAUCAGAGACAGUACGAGAGUUCUCGAUUUGAUGUUCCAACAUGGCGUGGAUGCUGAUGCCGUUACUUUCACCACUCUGCUAAAUUGUCUGUGCAGGCAAGGGAAGGCGAAUGAGUUCAGAGUGGCUUUGGGGAAAAUGUUGGUGAUGGGUGUUGCUCCUGAUGGCCCAAUUCUAAACAUCCUAAUUGCUGAAUUUUGCAAGAGAGAGAUGCUGAAUGAGGUUUGCUUCGUUCUCAGGGAUAUGAUGUUAAAUGAUCGUGUACUGAAUCAGAAUAGUUGCAGGAUUGUUGUGGAUUCUCUUGGGGAAUGCAGGGAGCUUGGUGGGUUAUUAGGUAUAGGAUUUAAGAGGGGAUGGGUGCCUCUGUCAUAAUUCAUAAAUUAUGCACUGUGGGUCUGACAGAAGAAGGCCACAUGGAAAACCUUUUGGGGAUCGGGAUGCCACUGAUGAAUAUGAUUCAAAACUUGAAUAUUA